GCAACGUACACUCUUAUCGGAUUUUGACUGUCACCGUCCGAAGAACGAAUUCGCCUAUGAAACGGAAAAUGAUUUCACAGCCGUGAAAGGAAUCGUGCCACAAACCUAUCGGAUAUUACUUGCAGCUGUCAAUGCAUAUUGAGGCGUAGGGCAAACACCCCUCUUUCAACUUCGAUUGCAUCUUCAUGGCUGAAGACAAGAAGACCAACGCCAUUGGUGAAGCUGCUACCAUGGCAAGCUCAGCUACUCCAGAUAUCAGCCCGACGAGGCUGUAUAUCAUCAUUGCCGGACUAUGGUUUUGCUUAUUCAUUUCUGCUCUGGACACCACGAUCGUUACCACCGCCCUGAUUAAGAUCUCAAGUGGCUUCAAUGCCUUGGAGCAGGCGCCAUGGCUUGUGACUGCCUACCUAUUGACAUACAAUUCGUUCUUGAUGAUCACGGCAAAGCUUAGUGAUAUUUGGGGGCUCAAGAUUCUCAUGAUCUCUUGCGCUGUCAUGUUUUUGAUCUUCUCGAUGGCAUGUGGAGGAGCGCAAACUAUGGUUCAACUCAUCGUGUUUCGGGCAUUUCAGGGCAUCGGAGGUUCUGGACUCUAUUCGCUUACCUUUGUUGCUAUUAUGAAACUCAUCAGUCCCGAAAAGAUUGGGUUCUAUUCUGGCGUUAUCAGCUCGGUCUUCGCCGUAGCGAACCUUCUGGGCCCGUUACUUGGAGGCACCAUUUCCGAUCGGACGACAUGGAGAUGGAUAUUCUUCAUCAAUGGCCCUAUCGUCUCUGUUGCAAUAGCCUUGCUCUUCUUCUCGAUGCCUUCUUUAAAGGACGGCAAAACCAACUCAGAGCGAGUUCGCAGUCUCGACGGUACCGGGGGAUUACUAUCUGUGUGCUGGCCUAUCCCAUUAAUAUUCGCACUACAAGAAGCUGGUGGGUCUCACCCGUGGAGUAGCGGUACCAUCAUAGGACCACUAGUGGGUGGUAUUGUUCUUCUUCUUGCCUUCGUAAUGUACGAAACAUGGGUCACACAUCGGACGAAGAAAGACCCCAUCUUUCCGAUACAUUUCCUCCGCAACCCUUCCAUGGCACUCAUCCUUUUGAGUAUGUUUCUUCUUGGCAUGCCCUUCUAUUCCAUCUUUGUCCAACUCCCGCAGCGUUUCCAGGUCGUCAACUUCACUAGUGCAGAACGGGCCGGAAUUCUUCUCCUUCCGGCCACUGUUGUCUCCCCCGUAGGAGCCAUGGUUGCCGGUCUGGCGGCGAAAAGAAUACCAGCCGAAUUUAUCCUGAUCUGCUCAACCGUUAUAGUAUGUGUCGGCAUAGGACUGAUGAGUAGCCUUCCGACGUACUCACAGGUGUGGCCUGGAGUAUACGGCUUUGAAAUCAUCACGGGUCUCGGGUUAGGGCUUGCAAGUCCUCCCUAUUUCAUGCUCGUCGCCACUUCAAUCCCGGAGAAGGAUAUCUCGGUCGGCACUGGCGCGUUAAACAUGGUGCGUACUUUAGGUGGUGCGGUUGCUGUGGCAAUAUGCACUGCUAUUCACCGAGGGUAUUUGAACGAUCAUCUCCCCAAUUUCUUAACACCGGAACAAGUCCUGGCCGUACAAGGAUCGCGCACUUCCAUCGCACAUCUGCCCGACGACGUUCGAAAUCGGAUCGGACGCACCUUUGGCGGCAGCUAUAACAGACAGUUUCAUAUAAUGUUAGCAUUCACGGGACUGAACAUCAUCGUUGCCAUUCUCUUGGCUCUUGCUAGGAAGAGGAUGGGUCUGUUUGGCGUCAUACCCGAAAGGAAAGAAGGAAAUGAGUUCAUGAAAGCUGCGGAGAAGCAGAGUAGUGAAGAGGCCAAAGGCAGGAACAAGGAAGGACCGGCGGAUUUUGCUGCAGUCCAAUCCACGCAAGUUGAGCACAAUUCGGACGAUAUAUUGACAGUGGGACCUGGCGAGAGCAAGAAACUUGGAUGAUCGACAUUUUAAUAAUCUACGCUUCGCUUCUCUCGAAUUUAAUCCAUUUUGUUCAUCAGAUGCUAGUCCUCGCCACAACUUCGUUCACAUUCUACUUUCACAUCGACUGCGACUGACGCAUCCUCAUAGCGUAUAGAUAAAAUCUGGCCGCUUGUCACCAAGCUCGUGAAUCUCUUGCUCACUCUUCCCCUCAAUCCACACAUCGCGAGCGCCACUCUUCCUUUUCUUGUUUUCCCAUGCCAACAGUGUCCGUGUCGCGAUACUACCACCAAACAGGAAAACUGUCAAAUAAACCAACACAACACCAUGGCCGAGGAAGAACCUCGGCUUGUCUUUGUUUCGGUAGAUAUUUGAGCUCACCACACCGUUCAAGUUCC